AUGCCUACUUACCCUCUUCAGCUCACCUGCUUGGGCGUCAUCAUUGGCACUCCGCUUCUGGCCUCCAUUUUUGUUAUUCUGAGAAUAUACACGCGCCGGAAACUGAAUCUGCGCCUGAGUUGGGAUGACUGGCUUAUCAUACUUCCUCUGCUAUUGUCAAUAGCCCUCAUAGGGCCUUCAUACAGAAAUGUCAAGAUGUGGCAUAUUGGUGUCCAUAUCUGGCAAGUUCCUCCAGAUAAGAUUGAACCAAACUAUGACGAGUACUAUGCUGUCGUCAUGGCCUUUAACCUACUGAACAUUCCCAUCUUGCCACUGGUCAAAGCAUCAAUCAUCCUUCUCCUUCUUCGCGCUGGUUCUGUCAUUCAAUGGCUGAGGCGAGCACUCUACGCCAUUCUUAUCUUCACGGUCGGAAGCGCUUUGAUUCCCUGGUGCCUCUACAUCUUCAUCUGCCCACCCCUUACCGGCAACACAUGGAAGCCGCGAACCUUUGGCGGUCUGCACUGCAUGGGCCGCCACAAGAUGGGCGAGAUGUUGAUCUGGGUUACUUGCGCCAACCUCCUCACUGACGUUCUGAUCCUCCCUAUUCCGUUUAUCAUUGUCCGAAGGAUGAUGAGUGCCCGUCUACGCUCCCGUCUUGUUGUGCUGGCAGUCUUUACCUGCAGUCUAGCGGUCACUGCUAUUGGAGCCGCGAAGAUCUACCUCUCAUACCGCGACCGCCUGUACACGCUCUACAAGCCGGACUGGACCUACCCAAUCGACUACUGUAUCAACCACAUUGAAAACAACGUUGCCAUCAUCGUCGCCAACAUCCCCAUCCUACGUGGUCUCGUCACACGCUGGAUCUUCAACUUCCGCACCAAAGCCACGCCCAUGGACCGCGAGGCCCGCGCCGACAACAACUGGCAGCAAUGGGAUCUGUCCAGCUCCUCUGCUGGCGACAGUCGCUACACCCGCCGCAAUUCGAAGAAGAGCGUCAAAGUGCGCAUGUUCAACAAGAUCCUCCCUUGCAUCCAAGACGACUUCUCCAGCAGCCUCGCCACCCGCACCUCGACCUCUGGCGACGCCACCACCAACAAAGCCGGCGCAAGCGCCCACGUCACCGAAUGCAAGAAACCCCGUCUCCCCAGCAAAAUCGUCACCACCAACCCCCCCAAACGCACCUACUUUUCUCGUCCUUCCCGCCGCAACAGCCAAGACCGCUACGCCGCGUCUUCGCACUGUGAAAAGGGCGACGCCAACAUCCUCGAGUCGGUCCGCAGCGUCGGCAGCAGCCUCGAAUCCGCACCUACCCUCGUCGACAGCAGGUACGGCAGAGGCAGCAUGGGUUGCAAGAGCUUGGAACUCGAGUCGCCGCCCGUCAGUCCUACGACUGUAGUACCUGGCAGGCGCUACUCUGCUGCUACUCUCCUGCACAGCCCCAUUACGCCGCUUUCGCCGGUCAGAUUGCGCGGGAUAGGGGAUGCGGGUGAG